AUCGUGUACCUGAGGCCUGAGCUAUCCAAAUUCCAUUAGCUUUUCCACAUGCCCUUCUCUCUGUCACUAGUUUAAGUAGUCCAACAACGAGCUCUUUGAUAAUGGUGUAAAGGUCUUCACUUUACCACCACUGCACACAACCCUUGUCUCUGUUUCUCUCAAUCUACAUGGAAAUGGUGUGAAGUCUGAGCCAAAUUUAGUAAGGGAGUUGAAAAUGGUUGGGCAAGAACAUAGCUUCCAGUGGCCUCCAAUUGGAGCACCACUAAAUAAUAUGCAGCAGCAGAGAGAUGAGCAUAUGAGUCCCUUUAAUUCUUCAGUCAAUGCGGUGUCGUUUGGUUUUGUAGCCACUGCCAUUCUCAUCUCCAUGUUCUUAGUCAUGGCCAUCUUUGAAAGAUUCCUCAGACCCACAUCGCCGGAUUUCUCGCCGUCCGGCCGCCGGAGAAGUGGAGAUCUUGAGGCCCAGUUGGAGUUUAAUGGAAAACUUGGUUACCCAUCACCCAAAAUGUCUGUGUAUGCAAGUGGAGUUUCUGUUUUGAUGCCUGGAGAUGACAUUCCGUCCUACAUUGCACACCCAGCGCCAGUGCCUUGCCCUCCCGAACGCAUGUUUUGGCCUCCACACCAACACAUUUCAUUGCCCAAUCCCGCCACCAACUCGAGCCUGAGCUCAGGUUGAUAGUACAUAUACUAAAACAAGAACCGUCUGCCUUUUCAUACCUAAUGUAAUUCACCAUCAUGAAUUGAAGCAGCAGAUGCAACCACAUUUCUGGUUCUGCACCACACUUCGAUUGCCCAAUUUUUGAAGGCACGAGCACUUGUUUCUGUAUAUGUCAUUUAUGUGGGACUAGGGGAAUUGGCUUCUGUACAUCUAAUUCAUCUAUUUAGUGACAGAGCCGAGAAUGCAUCUUAAUUGCUUCAGAUCCA